AUGUUGCUCUUCUGCCCAACAUGCAGCAACGUGCUGCGCGUCUCCAAAGUCCCACCAGGCGAUCCCAACACCGAAAUGAACGUUGGAGAAAACCGUUUCGAAUGUCUCACCUGUCCCUACCAGUUCGUCAUCAAUAAGCGCUACUUUGAGCGCAAGUACAUGAAGAAGAAGGAAGUCGAAGACAUCUUGGGAGGCAAGGGCGCAUGGGACAACGUGGACAAGACACAGGUACAAUGUCCGAACGAGAAGUGCAGAAACGACGAAGCGUACUGGUAUCAGCUGCAAAUUCGUAGUGCUGAUGAGCCUAUGACUGCGUUUUACAAGUGCACCAAGUGCGCGAAAGAAUGGCGAGAAUAG